ACAAACGUUCACUUCUUAGCAUGUCUUAACGCUACAGUUAUCAGUGCUGUAGUAGAACUGCUACAGGAUCCGUGGGAAUUUCAUGUUGUCCAUGGUUAAUAAUUGUUGUUGUACCGAUGAUCAGUCAGAUGUAAUCUCUUUUUACGCGUACUGACUGUGAAAUCCGUGGCAAGUUGUAGGGAUACAUGGCAAUAGGAAGGGCAUUUGAAACCUUGGUAACUGGUAGGAAAUGUCUUGUAAUUAUGCGGAGGGUCUGUCGCCGUACAAUAACAAAGGGAAACUUGGACUUAAGGAGAAAUUUGAUAGCAGUGAUGCUGUAGAAAGUAAAGUUGUUCAGCUUGCAGAAUGGAUUUCUACAGCAAAACAUACAGUUAUACAUACAGGUGCAGGAAUCAAUUCAGACAAAUAUUUCUCUUUUUUAAGGGGGCCUAAUGGAGUGUGGACAUUAGAAGAGAAAGGGUUAAAACCGGAUAUUAACAUCUCAUUUGAUGUGGCAGCGCCAACAAAAACUCACAUGGCAAUUGUGAAACUUGUUGAAAGUGGAAAGGUGCAAUAUGUGGUGAGCCAGAACAUAGACGGUUUACAUUUACGUUCAGGACUGCAACGCACUGACAUUGCUGAAUUGCAUGGCAACAUGUUCACUGAACGGUGUAAUCAGUGUGGUUGUCAGUUUGUGAGAAAAGAGGCUACUUCCACAGUUGGUCAGAAGUGUCUUGAAACACCAUGUCCAGCUUCUAGACGUAAUGGAAGACCUUGUCGUGGAAGACUGCAUGAUACCAUCCUUGACUGGGAAGACAACUUGCCAGAGAAUGACUUAGGGAUGGCAGAUUUCCAUUCAUGUGUUGCUGAUCUUAGCAUCUGUUUUGGAACAACACUGCAAAUUGUUCCAAGUGGGAAUCUUCCACUCUACACAAAGAAGUUUGGAGGGCGCCUCGUCAUUUGUAACUUGCAACCAACAAAGCACGACCGCAAAGCAGACCUCAUAAUUCAUUCAUAUGUGGAUGACAUAAUGGUGCGAUUGAUGAAGUUGUUAGAUUUGCCCAUUCCUGAAUACAGCAGUGAGAAAGAUCCAACUAAAUUAAUUCAAAGUGGCCAUGAAUCACUUAUAAAUUGGACAGUUCCAGAUAGUAGUGUGAAAAUUAUGAGAACAAUAUAUGAAGGAAAAUGCUGCAAGCAAUCUAAGAAGAGAGGCUUCAAUAAAGAUAUUGAAAGGAAAGAUGAUCUUUUGGAUUUUAAGCAGAUAAAAAGAAGAAAACCAAAAGAGACUGAAGAUCAGUGUGAAAAUGGCCUUUAUACCAUACACACAGAUGUUUCAGAUAAUAUAAAAAGGGAGAUUGUUAUGAACAGUCUUGAAAGUAAAAGUAAUGUAAUAACAGCUGUGAAAGACAGCCAGAAAAAUAUUGCAAAUAGUACAGAGUGUGAAGUAAAAACUGAAAAUGACGCAACACAACCAUCUCAAAUAAUUCUAGAAGAUUCUCAGACUAUGUCACUUACUGAACACCUGCAUGCAAAUGUAAUCAAGGUAGGUGUAAUUGACGUACAGUCAUAAGUACUUAUACCAUUUUCAGAUUGUAAGCUUGUCAUCAUUUUGUAGUCUUUAACAUAGAAUAUUUUGUAUUUGACUUACUCUACUCUACUGAAUGUGAUGUGAAAAUGUUUUUGGUGGUUGUUAUGAAAUCAUGUAUUAAAAUCAGUCAAGAAUUUGUAUAUACCAGUUUUCAAAUGCAUAAAAUAUACUUUUAAUAUUAAAUGGAUAAUUUGUUAAGGUAAAAUACAUGUAAUUAUGAUAGAGGACACAGUGAGUAUUACUUAAAGUAACAUAUGUUAACAUCAGUAUUUAAUCUACUAUGAACGUACUGAAUUAUUAUAUGAAAAUUGAGGUGAAUGGAUUAACAUUUUCCUCAGUCAGCUAAACAUGUCACAAUUUUUAAUACAGUAUUAAAUUUACAUGUACGUGUCUGAGUACAUUUGUCUCAAAAUAACUGAAAAUUGAAUGAGUAUGUGUUAAAUGACAGAGCAAUUGCUGGGUGAUGGUGGUGACAUUUACUAGGCAUUAUAUUAGUGAUUACCUCAAAAACAGUUAACCUUAUGCACAUGUUAUAUAAAAUGUAAUAUUUGCAUUUUAUGGAUACCUAAAACUUUUAUUGAAGAUAUUUUUCUGUCAGUUGAAUACUUUAUGAGAUGUAUCAAAGAAUGUAUUUUGGCCCUUAAUUAAAGUGGUCUUUGGAUUAAAUUAAUUGUAUGAAACUUUAUUGUACAAGGUGUAUAACACAAAUGGCCCAUGCCUGAUUUAAUAAAACUUAUGCUGUGGUAGGAA